AGAUAAUUAAAAGUAAAAGAGAAAAAGGAGAAAAAUAACAAAAAACAAACUGUAGUGAUUCGGCAGAUGCAACCGCCGCGCGGCAGCGGAAGCGCCGAGCCGACUCGGGGAGACGGCGGCGGGCUCGCUAGAUACCGGUCAGCUCCGGCGACUUGGUUGGAAGCGUUGCUGGAGUCGGACGAGGAGCAGGUGUUGCCCGACGUCGUAUUGGAUAUACCUAAACCGCCUCCGCCGCCCAAUGCCUCCUCCACCGCUGAAGUGGAUCUCGAGCUGCUGGAGUCCGCAGGAGGCGGCGGAUUUAGCAAUUUCCUGAGGAUGAACAGCUCGCCGGCGGAGUUUUUGUCUCUGCUUAAUAGCUCGGAAGGGCUGUUUUCGAAUUUAGGGAUUCCGGCGGAUUACGAGCUCGUGCCGGCGAAUCAAGGUAAGCGCGCACGCGAGGCGGAGGAUUUGGAUGGGAUUUCGCCGAAAAAGUCGCCGUCUUCGUCUUCGUCUACUCAAGUGAAACGAGAGAAGCGUAGGCAACUGCAAGGCUCAGGAGGGUCAUUUGAUCUUGAUAUGGAGAAUAUUUUGGAGGAUUCAGUAAUGUGUAGGGUACGAGCAAAGCGUGGCUGUGCUACUCAUCCUCGCAGCAUUGCUGAAAGGGAGAGAAGAACGCGGAUCAGUGACAGGAUAAGGAAGCUGCAAGAACUUGUCCCUAAUAUGGAUAAGCAAACGAACACCGCAGACAUGUUAGAAGAAGCUGUCGCUUAUGUCAAGCAUCUGCAGAAAGAGAUCCAGGAUCUAACGGAGCAUCAAAAGAAAUGCACAUGCUCAACAAACGAUUGAACAAUUGGAUUGGAUAUUGUAGAGUAAAGAUACAAUGUUAUGAUUUUUGCUCGUUGCUCGAUGACAGUUUCCACUUCCCACUAUGUUUGUUGAGCUGUAACAUAUUGUAAAAAAGGUAGUAGAAGUCUGUUGUGCAAAACCAGUAGCCGGCAUCUCUCGUGAAUAAUCACUACUGCCGAAGUUAGGGAAUCUGUACAUGACAAGGUCAUAUCUAAACAAGUCUGUUAUUUGUAUUUGUAAUACUUCCUGCUUUGUAUGUAAACAUGGCAUCUAGAUGGUAUGCAGGUGGCUUAAGGCCAGCAGAAGAGCUGGUUUAAGGCUCUUUGUUGCCACCGGGGAGAAUAACACCUCCUCCCGACUCCCCGUACCUCCUUAAUAAGUGGAGGCGAGUUGCAUCGUUUUCCGCCUGUGUCAGUAGAAAUUUCAUCUUCAUUAUCUUCA